AAGGAAGGAUUAAAUUAUGUUUUUAUACAGCAUUGCUUCUUUUGGAUUUAUCCAGUAAGUACAGAUGUAAAUAAAAUAAUAAAGAUAUAUAAAAUUAAAGAAAUUUCCAUAUGAUUAGUAUGGAAAGAGAAAAUGAAAAUUAAUAACGAAAAGGCAAAAUUAAAAAAAAAUUAAAAUAUUUCAGUUAUAAUGCAAUUGAAUCAGGCAUUAAGGUCGAUUUCCAGGACCGUUGGAGUCCCUCACAACUGGACGGACAUAGUGAUCCACGGAAAACCAGAUUGUGUUCGGUCGAAACCCAUUAAGAUUGUCGAAGGUUACAUGAGUAAGUAUGACGAGUUACGCCAAAAUGAAUACCUACUUAACAUACAGCUGAUGCAGCUGAAGUAUCUCAGAAAAUUGUUGAGAGAAGGGACGAUAGGAAGAGAGUCAGGAGAGGCGAACAGGACCUUCACGAAGAUCAUGGAGAGGAUCGAGGAUAUCUUACACGAAAUGGCGGACAAGGAAGAUUUAUCGAUUCCAGAAGACAUUUGACAAAAACAUACAUGUUCCAUUAACGUAAUAAAUGUUUACUAGUA